UACUCAAAAAGUACUCACUCAAAACACACACACUGUCACACUAACAACACAGUGAGUUGAGUUAACACACUCUUCAGUGAAGUGAAGCCCUAAAUCGAAGAAGCUUCUAGAGAAAAUGGCGGAAGGCAAAGGAUCUUCGCUUGUUCAUCUAGUUGUAAUAGUACUCAGCUUAACCGCUUUCGGUUUCUCCAUUGCCGCCGAACGUCGCCGCAGCACUGGUACUCUGCAUGAUGAUAAUGUUACAAAUCGUACAUAUUGUGUUUACACCUCAGAUGUUGCAACUGGAUAUGGAGUAGGUGCUUUCUUGUUUCUUCUUUCAGGCGAGGCAUUGCUUAUGGGAGUGACAAAAUGCAUGUGCUUCGGAAGACCUUUAUCUCCUGGUACAAAUCGUGCAUGGGCCAUUAUAUACUUCAUAUCGUCAUGGCUGACAUUUCUGGUUGCAGAAGCAUGUCUCGUUGCUGGAGCAAAGAAAAAUGCUUACCACACCAAGUAUCGGGAUAUGAUCUUAGCAGAAAACUUUUCUUGUGAAACGCUAAGGAAAGGAGUCUUUAUUGCCGGAGCUGUCUUUACAGUUGCAACCAUGAUCCUCAAUGUGUAUUACUACAUGUACUUCACGAAGGCGACUACUCAGCCAGCUCAUAAGACAAAUCGUUCUAGCUCGAAUGUUGGGAUGACUGGUUAUGCAUAAAUUUUGCAGAAGAAACUAGCUAGGCUCUAUAUCACCUCCAUCAUGGCGCUAUAUUUGUAUAAUGAACUACAUAAGUUCGUCUAUGAUAUAAAAUCUGGUUAUCGUUCACUGUUUGGGUAUUUGCAAAGUGAUAGAUUAGAUAGUUAUAGAAAGACUUGCAUAUGUUUGGUGAAGAAAAUUGAACCUUCCCUUGUGGCAAAGGUAAUGCAAAAUGUGGAUUUGCAGUUA